AUGACGCCUACACAGUCGUCCACUCGUUAUAUUCGCUCUUUUCCCCUUUCGAACGUACCCCGCCUCCCCACAGAGCUCUUGACUGAGAUAUUCAAGCUUGCAACGGACAACCCAGUCCGUGACAUUGACUCUCUUGUCUCCCGGAAACCCUUUGAAGGCAUCUAUGCUUCGGAAACUGAAAAAGCUUGCAGUGCCGCUCUAUGCACGAAACAUGCUUUGUCGUUGGUAUGUCGCUCCUUCAGAACGUUGAUGAUUGAUCUGUUGUACGAGGAUAUUUGGAUACGAUACGGCUCAGACGGGCUAAUGGAAGUUCUUGAAUCUUCUUCGGCGAUGGAUAAGAAGGCAGGUAAAGAGGGUCAAGGAUUCGGACGAUCCGUGAAGCGCGUCUCUCUAUCACAGAUCGGAAACUGCGGUUCGAGUGAAUCGUUAAAAAACAUACGCCGGAUCCUCAUUCGCUGCCCAAACGUCCGCAUCAUCUGUCAGGCACAAAAAUUUUCCUCCUUCCCGAUAAAUGAAGGAGAAGCAGUGCGAAAUGACUUCAUUAGUUGUGCCCCACCCGUUGACGAUUUGGACUUCCCACAUCUUCAGCGAGUUGAAUGGUUCAAUGCACGUGACGAUGUAACGAACGCAAUUGCGCCUAUGCCUUCCGUACUCUUCAACUCAGAAUCGUUACGUGUCCUCAUCUUAGGUUCGAAUAAUUUUCCUGCUCCUCGAUUGAGUAGCAGAGGUCAGGAUCAGAGAGAAAAGAGAGACUAUCGAGAUCUCUUCGACGAUAGCGAUGCGCCGGAAACGACCAUCUCUCUCCCUAACCUACACACCCUCUCCAUCCAAUCCAUUGAUACAUUCGGCGGACUGCCCCGUAUAUACCGCCUCUCACUCCCGUCUCUUGAACAUCUCAUCCUCCAACGUCCCGAAGCAAUCUACACAUUCUUCAACGUCGCCCUCACCCCUCUUGCGACACAAGUCAAGUCAGUCGAAAUUGCGCCAGACUUACGGUUUUUACGGAAAGAUUUCGUGUCGACAAUCUUACAGUAUUGUGAUAAUGCUGAGAGUGUGUAUAUCCCAGUUUUCUACACUAAAGCACCUCAUCGAAAUGAAGUCCCGCGUGUAUUCCUCGAGUUCAACCACGUGAAGGAGGUUCAUCUACAUGCGAGCUUACCAAAUGGAUAUGCAUAUGGCGAAGAAGCGUGGUGGGCGAUGCUUGAUGCUCACUUCGAGGGACUGUGUGGAGGGAAUUCGAGGUUUACGGUGCUGGAGAGGAUAGUUUUUGCAGGAAAGGAAUGGAUGGAGAGUAUACGUGUUUGUGAGAUGAAUAACGAUGAAAAGUUGAAGGGACGGUUUAAACGUGUGGUUAAUGUUGUGACACGGCGCGGUGUGGAGUUGGUCGCUGAGGAUAGGGAUGUGCAGGCGGUUUUAGAGGUGGUUAUACAGGAUUUAAACGCGACGGAUAGCAGUGUUGCAUCUGGCACAGAGUAUUGGCAGCUGCACUAUUGA